AUGAGUGGCGCUCACUCACCAACCAGCCAUCUCACCUCUCAUUCACUCACUCACACCCGCACCACUCACAUCAAAAUGGACUUUUCCUCCUCCCAAAUCCCACCCUCCUACCAACCUACUCUCAAAAGACCCGCCUCACAAAUCUCAUCCUACGACCACGACCUCCCAGAAACCCUACCCGCCACCCACAACACCCUCACACCAGCUGAACCCCCCCAAGAGGAGGAAUGGCGCGACCUCUCCACCUCCUCCAUCGCCUCCCUCUUCUCGGACGAGCUUAACGAGCGCAGACCAAACAGGUGGAAGGGCAACCCAUCCACCUGGCGCACCUGGACCAACAACGAGAGAAAGACCUGGGAGUCGAUUGAGAAUGUGAGGAAGGGGGAUCUAAGCGCGCAUUUGUAUAACGCUUUUGCUUUGAAGAAGGGUGUGAGGAAAGGGCCCGAGGAAACUUUCUCCUGUGUUGGAGAGGGGAAAGAUAACCGGGGGUGGAAUGUAGGGAGGGGGUGGACUGCUUGGCCUUUGGGGGUGGAAGAGGUUCCUGGGGAUGGGUUGUUGGAUUUGGAAGCUGAGGAUGGGAAUCAGGAGUUUACUUUCAGGAGGAAGGAGGAGGAGGGGGAUAGGUGGCCGGGGAGGAAUUUGGAGGAGGUGGUUUCGGCUACUGUGUUGAGGUUGGCGAAGGAGAGGUUUUAUAGGAGGGUGAAGGAGUGGGAAGGCAAGGGGAAGGGGAAUGGGGAAGAUGAGGAGGAGGGCCAGGAGAAGGGGGAUGUGAUGCAGUCGAUCGAACAGGGUGGUGAUGAUGAGGGUGGGGUAGGGGAUGAGGAAGAUGAAGUGUCGGGCAUGGAAACAGGCUACGAUACUGCUGCCGGGGAGACAGAUGCAACCGGGGCGGGUUCUACAAAAGGAGGAAGGAAACGAAGGAUGUCAUCAAUAGCAAAAGCCGAGCAGACAUUCACGCCAGUCAUGUCGGCGGAUGAUGAGCGAAACUAUGCGUUAGUGCGGCCUGCAGCCAGGAGGAUCAUGGAGCAGUUGGAUAAGACGCUUACGGUAAUGCACUAUGCAAGAGCUGCUGCUGUAAGUGGUAUGUAUGGAGGUGAUAGUGAUGAGGACGAAGACUCCGAGGAUGACGAAGACGGAGAGUCUCGCAAGAAUAUGAUGGACGUUGAUGGGAAGCCAGCACUGAGCAAGCCACGAGGUCGAUCAAGAGGAAGAAGUCGCUCCAGAGCAGGCAGUUCGCCGAGGAAAUUGAGGUUCAGGUCAAGUUCAAGAUCAAGUUCGAGCGAUUCUUCCGGCAGCAACGUGUCGACCAAGAUCUCACGAAUCGGGUUGCUAAACUGGCGGGAUGUUCUUGGUGCAGCUGCUCUCGCUGGCUUCUCACCAGAGGUUAUUGCCAGGGCAACACAGCGCUGCUCUAAUAUUUUCAAUGAAGAGAUGGUGAUGCAUACCCUUCCCGAGCAAGCCGUUACCUCGGGCAAACCGGCCAUUCAGACCGUACGAUACCGACCAAAUCUCACUGAACCUCAGAGUGCUCUAUCGGAGGACAACGACUCCGAAGACAAUAAGCAACUCCUCGCUCACCACCUGAUGAUUAACCGCCAGUCUACUGUUGCUCUCACUGCAGAGCCUGCCGAUACUCCAGCACCAACGAAAAGAGCAAGCACACCGGCUGCCCGAUCCCGAACAAGUAAGUCAGCUACACCUGGCGGUGGUGCUGGAGGGGCUCAUCUUUGUCCAUUCAACGAUUGCCCUCGCGCUGUGGAAGGCUUUAACAGAAAUACGAAUCUCCAGAGGCACAUCAAGCUUGUACACAAAGUCGAAGCCUCGGCAGCAGUGCGCACUACAGAGGAGGAGGAUAGCGAAGACCAGUUGGUAGGAGGUGUUCACACUGACGGGUUUUUGCAGCCUAUUAAGAUGAGGAAGGGUUGGAGAGGUGAUGAUGCUGGCAACCGCCAAAAGCGUGGAGCGAAACCUCGUUCAGGCGGUCGGGAUACUGGAGAUGAAGGUGAAGAUGAUCGGGUUUCUCGGUAG